AUGAGUGUGGCUGUAGCUUCUCCCCAAAACCUUCUUGAGGCUUCCGAUUCUAAAAACUCAUCACCAGUAACUACCAGUUUGGGGGCUAAAGAAGAUGGUACAUCCUUGCAAAUGUCGUCUGCCGAGCCCCCCUACUCAGAGACAGCCAGGUCUCCACUUCCUUCCUCCGUGGACCUGCUUCUGCAAAAGAGCCCGGAUUCUUCCACCAGUCCCAAAGUCAAGCUGCCCGCCUCUGCGGAGACGGACGCAGCCAGGAAGGAGAGUAAGGGCCAGGGCAAGAAGCAGAAGGUGCGAACGGUGUUCUCUCAGACGCAGCUGUGCAUCCUCAAGGACCACUUUCAGAAACAGAAGUACCUCAGCCUCCAGCAGAUGCAAGAACUUUCCGAAGUCCUGAAUCUCAGCUACAAACAGGUGAAGACCUGGUUCCAGAACCAGAGAAUGAAAUGUAAGAGGUGGCAGAAAACCACCAACUGGUCCAAGAAUAACCAUGCUGUGACUCAGGUCUCUGCACCUACAGAAUGCCUGGACGUCUGUGCUUCCUACCACCAAGGAUGCCUUCCUUCUGGAAACCUGCCCAUGUGGAGCAACCAGAGCUGGAACAGCCAGGCCUGGAACAACCAGACCUGGAACAGCCAGGCCUGGAACAACCAGGGUUGGAAUAGCAAGACCUGGAACAACCAGACCUGCCACAGCAGCCAGAUGUGGAAUAGUAGUCAGAUGUGGUGCACCCAAGCCUGGAAUAACCAGGCCUGGAACAGUCCGACCUGGAACAACCCAUUCCAGAACUGUGGAGAGGAAUUCCUGCUGCCACAGUUCCAGCAAACUUCUCUCUGUGAUCUGGAAGCUGUACAAACAUUAGAUUUCUUUUUAAAUGAGUCCAUAAGCGUACAAUCUGAAGAUUGUAUGAAGACAGACAUUUUAGGCCCAUGCCCAUCCGGGCAGUGA